AUGAAGGGCUUUUCGAAGCUCACGAGCUACUGUAAGCUCUUGGUUGCCUGCAACCCCUCUAGACGUGAAAUUGGCAUGCUAGUAGUGGGAUUCUUCAGUGCAAUUGCAUCUGGUGUCCCAUUUCCGAUCAUUGGUAUUGUCUUUGGUUCACUGCUUGACGAUUUCAACUCGGCGACUUGCGCCCAGGAAGAUGGGACCGCAACAGCCUCUUCUGAGUCUUCCGACCAGGGCUCCAUCAACAGCGAAAUUCUUCUGAUCGUCUACCUGGCCAUUGCGCAGUUCGUCACAAUUUAUAUUCACCUCACAUGUUGGACCAUGACUGGCGCCCGAUUGGCGCAGCGACUCCGUGAGAAUUACCUCAAGAACUUGCUCCGCCAGGAACCGUCAUACUUCGAUAACCUGCCUCCCGGUGAGGUCGCCUCGCGUCUCAACAGUGACAUUCAGACCAUUCGAUCCGGUACAUCCGAGAAAGUCGGGAUUGUUCUUUCGGCGAUCUCGUUCUUCGUCACCGCGUACAUCGUUGCCUUUAUCAAGGACUGGAAGCUUGCAUGCAUGUUGCUGUCACUGAUCCCGGCCUAUAUGUUGAUGUCGUUUGUCGGCAGUCAUUAUAUUGAGAAGUACUCCGGGCUCAUGUCCGAUCAUGCCGCUACCGCAGCAUCCAUUGCCUCAGAGGCCCUGUCCAACACUGUCGUAGUGCAAGCCUUUGGUGCCAACACUCGUCUAGAGGAGAAGUUCUCCAAGUCACUCAAGCUCUCGGAAGCUGAAGGCCUUAAAAAGGCUUUGGUGGUUGGUAUCCAGUCUGGUGUCCUAUACUUUGUUGCAUACGGUGCGAACGGUUUGGCCUUUUGGCAAGGCGCCAAGUCAGUCGCGAAGUCUGUAGCAACGGGAAAUGCAGGUGUGACUGUUGGUGCAACUUUCACUGUGAUCUUUGUCUUGAUUGAAGCCACCUUGCUUUUCAGUCAAGUCUCGCCAUUUCUUCACCUCUUCGUCCAGGCUGUUUCCUCAUAUUCCAAGCUCAAAGAUGACCUUGAGCGUGAGCCCAAGAUUGACGGUACUUCUGAUUCCGGCAUUCGUAUGACUCAGGCCGAGGGUGGCUUCGAGUUCAAGAACGUCUCUUUCACCUAUCCUUCCCGACCUGAGAUUACCGUCCUCGACAACAUCAGCCUGAGCAUCCCCGCCAACAAGCACACCGCUCUUGUGGGUCUGUCUGGCAGUGGAAAGUCGACAAUCGCAGGCCUGAUCACCAGACUGUACGACCCCAACUCCGGCCAGAUUACAUUCGAUGGACAUGAUAUCCAGGAAGUCAAUGUGAAGGAUCUCAGAAGUUUCCUCAGCUUGGUCCAGCAGGAGCCUUCUCUGCUUGACCGCUCUCUCUUGGAGAAUAUCGCCCACGGUUUAAUCAACUCGAGCAAUCCAAACCAUGCUCACCUCAAGGAGGUCUUCAUCCGUCCUGAUCUGGAAGAGCUCGCAACGAAUCUGCGCAAUGGAAAGGAUCUGAUGACCGAAGCCGCGAAAUUCGGAUCUGACGUUGUCGAGAUUGUGGAAUUGGUCAAGAAGGCUACCGUACUGGCUGACGCCGAAGGCUUCAUCUCUCGCUUGCAAUAUGGACUUGGUACUGUCGUUGGAUCCAGUGGUCGGUUGAUCAGUGGUGGCCAGAAGCAACGUAUCUCUCUCGCUCGUGCCCUAAUCCGUGAUCCUGCCGUUCUCAUUCUCGAUGAAGCCACGGCCUCACUGGAUUCCCACAGUGAACAGCGUAUUCAAAAGGCCAUCAACAACAUUGCUACCGGGCGUACCGUUGUCACCAUUGCUCACCGAUUGUCCACCAUCACUGGGGCUGACAACAUCAUCGUUAUGCACAAGGGUGUCAUCAUUGAGCAGGGUAACCAUGCUGAAUUGAUGGCCAAGGAUGGAUCGUAUGCCGAACUCGUCAAGUUGCAGACCCUCAGCAGCACACCCGACAAAAACGAAACUACCAUCAGCGUGGAGACUGCCAGCAGAUCGGAUCAGAGCUCCGUGACAGCUGGUGAUAUCGAGAAGGCCGAAUCAUCCAGCACUGCUCAUGAGAUCAUUAAGGAGAAGGUUCCUUCAGCCGAGGAAACCCCGGUUGGUGACUCUGAAGAUGAGGCCGAGGAAGAAGAGCUCGCGGCUCCCAGAAAGUCAGUCUGGGCUCUUUGCAAAGGUUUUGCUCCUACUAUGCGCCCGCAUUUACUCGUCAUUGCUCUUGCCCUGCUUGGCUCCGUCAUUGUCGGAGGAGCUUUCUCUGGCGAGGCUGUCAUUUUCGGAAACACUAUCGGAAGUCUGAACCCUUGCAACAGCGCGGCCUACAUUCGGUCGCAGGGUGAUUUCUAUGCUCUCAUGUUCUUUGUUCUUGCCAUCAUUGAGUUCUUCGCCAACGUUGUCAGUUGGGCUGGAUUCGGCUGGGUCUCCGAGAAGGUUGUCUACACCGUCCGUGUUUUGUCUUUCCGGUCUUUGUUCGAGCAGGAUCUCCAGUGGCACCAGUCUAACGGACGUACUCCUCCUUUGCUUCUUUCCUAUAUUACCAGAGACGGUAACGCUCUUGCUGGCCUGAGCGGUUCCAUUAUUGGUACUUUGUUCUCUAUCACCGUCAACCUCUUCGCGGCUAUCAUCCUGACCCACAUUAUUGCCUGGAAGAUCGCCUUGGUCUGUCUUGCUCUGGUUCCCCUUCUUCUCGGAGCGGGUUUCAUGGAACUCCUCAUUCUCGGCCGAUUCGAGGAGCGUCACGAGAACGCCUACUCUAUUUCAGUGGAUAUUGGUGUUGAGGCCAUUACCAAUAUCAAAACCAUUGCCUCCCUUUCCCUUGAAGACCAGACUCUGAAGACCUACCGCAAGUCCCUCAGUGGCCCUCGCAAGGAGACCCUUAAUGUCACCCUGCAAGCCAGCGCCUGGCAGUCGACUACCUACUUCCUCGGUAACUGUGUGAACGCCCUAGCAUACUGGUGGGGCGCCAAGCAGAUCAUCAACGGUACCUACACCCAGACACAGUUCCUGAUUGUUGUUUUCUCCCUCCUUGUGAGCGCUCUAUUAUGGAGUCAGAUGUUCGCUCUUGCCCCCGAACUUUCUCAAGCCCGAGCUGCCAUGGCCAGAAUCCUGGAUCUCAUUGAGCAGGGCUCUGACAAGAUGCGUGGCCGUGUUCCUACCCACGCGCCCAACGUCGCCCAGACAGACGGAGACAUCGAGUCCGUCGAGCCCAAGUUCAUCCAAUCUGACUCGCCCGCGUCCAGCGUCCAGCUUCGUGAUGUCCACUUUGCCUACCCCGCUCGCCCGGAUAUGAAGGUCCUGAACGGCCUGUCCAUCAACAUCAAGCCAGGUCAGUUCUGCGCCCUCGUCGGCCCUAGUGGUGCUGGUAAAUCGACAAUUAUCUCCCUUGCCGAGCGUCUCUACGUCCCAGAGUCCGGAUCAAUCCUGAUCGACGGUCUGGAUGUGACAAAGACCCGCGACCCUUCUUUCCGCGAAAACCUGUCCUUGGUACCCCAAGAGAGCGUCCUGUUUGAGGGAACAGUCGAGUUCAAUAUCGGUCUCGGCGCCAGACCCGGCAAAGAAGCAACCCACGAGGACAUUGUCGAGGCAUGCAAGCUCGCCAACAUCCACGAGACCAUCGAGUCGUUGCCAGAGGGCUAUAACACCAUGUGUGGACCCAACGGUAACCAGUUCUCCGGUGGCCAAAAGCAAAGAUUGUCAAUUGCCCGUGCGCUGGUUCGCAAGCCCAAGCUGUUGAUCCUGGAUGAGUCGACCAGUGCAUUGGACGCUGAGUCUGAGAGGCUUCUCCAAGAUGGCUUAAGCAAGGCUGCUAAGGGUAUCACUGUUAUUGCGAUUGCUCACCGUCUACACACUAUCCGCAAAGCUGAUGUCAUUUUCUUGAUUGAUGGCGGACGUUGCACUGACCAUGGAUCGCAUGAGGAGUUGCUUGAGAGGUCCGAGAGUUAUCGGGCUAAUGUUAUGCACCAGACUGUUGCCACUUAG